CUCUGUUUCAUAAUCACCAGCUCUGACGGCAUGACAGUAUGUCCGGAGGAAUCGCUCUGGUUCAGGGAGCAAGCCGGGGUCUUGGCCUACAAUUCUGCAAGUUCCUAGUCCAGUCCAGCAAGUGCAAACAAGUAAUCGCCACAUGCAGAGAGCCGCAGUCUGCUGCUGCUUUACAAGUAUUGAAGCAGCAGCACCCACAUCUACUCACCAUUAUGAAACUGGAUGUAAGCAGCCAGCUUGCUAUACAGCAAUGUGAACAGCAGGUGGCGCUGUCUUUCGGCAGCCUGGAUCUACUAAUCAAUUCCUCGGCAAUGCUGCACCCUAGUGGUAGAGGAGAGAAAAGCCUCAGAGAAGUCUCCGCAGAGGGCCUAUCGUUGGCACUUUCUACAAACACCAUAGGCCCCCUGUUGAUGGCUAAACAUUUUGCGCCUCUUCUUCUGAAUGGUACUGGGACAUUUGGAGCUCAGUCAACUGACAGGUCCAAGCAGCACAGCGCCAUUUUAAUAAACAUGAGCGCUAAAGUGGGCUCCAUAGCUGACAAUGGCUUAGGUGGAUGGUACAGCUACCGGAUGUCUAAAGCUGCUCUGAAUAUGGCCACCAAAAAUCUGUCUAUUGAAUUGAAGAGAGGCAGUAAGAAAGUGAUUUGUGUUUCCCUGCACCCAGGCACAGUGGACACAGACUUGUCAAGACCUUACCAUAAGAAUGUACCCAAAGAAAAGCUGUUUUCUCCUGAGCUCUCUGUGACCAGUCUCAUGAACAUCAUUGAUGGACUAAGCAUUGACCAGACUGGAAAGUUUUUUUCUUGGAAUGGCAGUGAAAUUCCUUGGUGAAACAGGUC